CGUCUCAUCAUCACCUGUUUUUGCUGCUUCCGAAGCGGAGAGGACGACACCCUCUCACACCGGAGUCUCACUCACAUCCAGGCUUGUUCAACCUGGACAAGUCAUAUAGCCACGCCAUUCGUAGGGUGUCACGAGUAUUUUCAUCCCAAACCCUUCUUUUACCCUGUUUGUGAAGAGUCGAAACCUCUCUUCAACGACACUUGACAAUUCUACCUCGCCAAACUUGACUCCUACCAUAACAAAACCACAAACCACCUUUACCAAAGUGAACAAAAUCAUCACCAUGGCCCCCUCCCCCUCCCGCCUCACCGGGGCAUUCACCACCCUCAAGGACACCAUCCUCGCCCUCAUCGACCCGUGGAUCUUCCUAUCCCUCUCCGCCUCCUACCUACCCACAACCAUCCUCUCUCUCCUGCGGCAACGGCGCUUCCUCGCCCUUCUCGGCGGUCCUCUACUCUCCUCUGAAUUCCAAUCCGUCUGGUUCGGCCACUUCUGGUCCCGCGCCGGUCCCCAAGUGCGCAGCAACGCCGAAGCGAACGUCGUGCCCCUGCUAGAAGGCAGAGUAUCCAAAGGGCAAGUUGUUCCCAAGAGCGAAGCGCACGCGCCCGGAGUCGGAGGAGUCGUGCUGGAGAUUGGACCGGGGAGUGGCAUGUGGGUUAGCUUGUUUAGUGAUGACAAGUAUCUAAAGGAUGAGGAGAAGGAGGAGCAAGGAGGGGAAGAUGAUGCCGAGGAGGAAGGACUGUCGGCUAGUUGGGCGACGAUAACGCCUUCUUCUGAGCAGCAACAGCAACAACAACAACAACAACAACAAAAGCAGGCGACGAAAAAAGUGGUGGGAAGUCGCCAGAGGAUAACGCAGGUGUACGGCAUCGAGCCCAAUUAUGGCAUUCACCCGCUGCUUCAACAUAACAUUGCGCAGGCAGGGCUGUCGCAGACGUACACCAUCCUUCCCUUUGGCAUCGAGGAUAUCGAACGCUAUGCGCCUCAGAUCCAGCCUGAAUCUUUGGAUUGCAUCGUCUCCAUCCUCUGCCUUUGCAGUAUUCCGGAGCCUCAAAAGAACAUUGCCAUCCUGUACCGCUAUCUCAAGCCGGGCGGCCGUUGGUUCGUCUACGAACACGUUAAGUGCUGCUCUAGCAAGCCGGGCGGUUGGUUCAUGAAUGUCUACCAGGCCUUUGUCAACCUCUUCUGGCCAAUCUGCCUCGGCGGAUGCCAGCUUCGUCGCGAUACUGGCCGCUAUCUGAAAGAGGCUGGACCGUGGACAGACGUCGACUUGGCUCAGCCGCCUAAGGAACAGUGGCACCACACCGUGCCCCAUAUCUAUGGCAUCUUGACAAAAUAAGCAGAAGCGCUACGGUCACGGAGUCCAGAAAUCAUCACUGCAUCAAGUCACCACCGAGUCAUUAGCGAGGUCAGGGUGUCGCAUACAUGAUCGUUGAGGCAACCUUUCAGGCUCGAGAUAUGUAGCACCUGACUAGAACUACCUAAAGACUGUCUCUAGUACCUAUCUCACCAUGAUCAUA